GCCGCGGCCGCUGCCAGAACUCGCCAGUUCAGACCCACCGGGCUGCCCUCCCCUGCCGCUCUCCCCUUGCUGCCCAGGCUCGGAGAGCAGCGCGGCCGCGCAGAUUCACGAUGUUGAAAGCCCUUUUCCUAACUAUGCUGACUCUGGCGCUGGUCAAGUCACAGGACACCGAAGAAACCAUCACGUACACGCAAUGCACAGAUGGAUAUGAGUGGGAUCCUGUAAGACAGCAGUGCAAAGAUAUUGAUGAAUGUGACAUUGUCCCAGACGCUUGCAAAGGUGGAAUGAAAUGUGUCAACCACUACGGAGGAUACCUCUGCCUUCCUAAAACAGCCCAGAUUAUUGUCAAUAAUGAGCAACCUCAGCAAGAAACACCCGCUGCGGAAGGCGUGGGUGCAGCGGCGAAUGCAGCCGCCUCGUCAGGGACAGGCGCUGGGGGCGUGGCAGCCACGGGCAUGGCAGCCAGUGGAGUGAUGCCCGGGGGCGGCUUCGUGGCCAGCGCUGCUGCAGUUGCAGGCCCCGAAGUGCAGACUGGCCGAAAUAACUUUGUCAUCCGGCGAAACCCAGCUGACCCUCAGCGCAUCCCCUCCAACCCUUCUCACCGGAUCCAGUGUGCAACAGGCUACGAGCAGAGUGAGCAUAACGUGUGCCAAGAUAUAGACGAGUGCACUGCAGGGACUCACAACUGCAGAACUGACCAAGUGUGCAUCAAUUUACGAGGCUCCUUCACCUGUCAGUGCCUCCCGGGGUACCAGAAGCGAGGAGAGCAGUGUGUAGACAUAGAUGAAUGCACCAUCCCUCCAUAUUGCCACCAAAGAUGCGUGAACACACCAGGAUCAUUUUAUUGCCAGUGCAGUCCUGGAUUUCAGUUGGCCGCAAACAACUAUACCUGCGUAGAUAUAAAUGAAUGUGAUGCUAGCAAUCAAUGUGCUCAGCAAUGCUACAACAUUCUCGGCUCAUUCAUCUGUCAGUGCAAUCAAGGAUAUGAGCUGAGCAGUGACAGACUUAACUGUGAAGACAUUGAUGAAUGCAGAACCUCAAGCUACCUGUGUCAGUAUCAGUGUGUCAAUGAACCUGGGAAAUUCUCAUGUAUGUGCCCCCAGGGAUACCAAGUGGUGAGAAGUAGAACCUGUCAGGACAUAAACGAGUGUGAGACCACAAAUGAAUGUCGGGAAGAUGAAAUGUGUUGGAAUUACCAUGGUGGCUUCCGUUGUUACCCGCGAAAUCCUUGUCAAGAUCCCUACGUUCUAACAUCAGAGAACCGAUGUGUUUGCCCAGUCUCAAGUGCGGUGUGCCGAGAACUUCCCCAGUCUAUAGUCUACAAGUACAUGAGCAUCCGAUCGGAUAGGUCUGUGCCAUCAGACAUCUUCCAGAUACAGGCCACGACCAUUUAUGCCAACACCAUCAAUACUUUUCGGAUUAAAUCUGGAAAUGAAAAUGGAGAGUUCUACCUAAGACAAACAAGUCCUGUAAGUGCAAUGCUUGUGCUGGUGAAGUCGCUAUCAGGACCAAGAGAAUAUAUCGUGGACCUGGAGAUGCUAACCGUGAACAGUAUAGGAACCUUCCGCACAAGCUCAGUGUUAAGAUUGACAAUAAUAGUGGGGCCAUUUUCAUUUUAGUCUUUUCAAAGAGUCCACUAUAGGCACUUAAAUCAGCCAAAGAAUAUUGUUACCAUAAAGCACUAUUUUAUUUAUAGACGUAUCUAGUACAUCUACAUCUAUAUGCUGUACACUCACCAGUAAUUCAAACAAUUACACCAUGGUAUAAAGUGGGCAUUUAAUCUGUAAAGAUUCAAAAUUUGUCUUUAUUACUGUAUAUAAAUUAGACAUUAAUCCACUAAACUGGUCUUCUUCAAGAGAGCUAAGCAUACCCUAGCCAAUGAAACUUGGAUUCUUUUCUGUCAAAGUGGAUCAAAGCAAUGAUUAUCUUCUGUGGUGCGUAAGGAAACUUAGCACAGCUCCACUGACAGUCUCAUAAGGAGGCAACCAUCGUAACACUGAACAGCAUGCAAGUUCAAGAAUGAAUUUUUUAACUGCUUUUUAAGAAAAUGGAAAAAGUCAAUAAAGAUAUAUUUCUUUAGAAAAUGAGGAUCUACCAUAUUUGUGUUGUUUUUAUUUUCAUUAUCAGUCUAAACACAGUUGUUUAUUACUUACUUAGUAAUAAACAAUUAUUGUAUAUUUGCUCGUUUCUGUUGAAUAUUUUAAAUUUGGUCAGAAAUUUUUUAUUGUGAAUGUGAACAAAACAGUAAGCAAAAUUCCCAAAGUGAAUAAGUUAUCCAUAGAACAAUUAUUAUACUGAGACAUCACAGAGGGAUAAGAAAACAAAUCAUUUUAAAACUAUAUUGGAGUUGACCUGAAGAAGCAAAUUCAAUGUAUUUGUCAGUUCAAGCUGCUGUAAUAAAAUACUAUAGACUGGGUGACUCAUAAAUGACAGAAAUUUAUUUCUUCCAGCCUAGAGGCUGGAAGUCUAAGAUCAAAGUUCCAGCAUGGUCACGUUCUGAUGAGAGCUGUCCUCCGGGUUGCAGACUUGUUUGUAUAUUCACAUGCUAGAAAGAGAGUGAGAGGGUUCUCUUGAAGUCCGUUUUGUAAGAGUACUAAUCUCAUUGAUGAGGGCUCCACCCUUAUGACCUAAUUACCUCUCAAAGGCCUCAACUUGUAAUGCUAUCACAUUGGAAGUUAGGAUUUCAGCAUUCGGGGAGGACAAAAAGCUCAAUGUAUAACACUCAGUAAAUGUAAGUACAUCCCUGAAUUCAGGUCUUCCACAAGAUGUAGAGCAAAAUGAAGAAUAGGUAUUAAUAGGUAUUGUACUGAGGAAACUUUAGCUUCUGAAUAAAAUUAAAACUCUAGAGAUUCACUUAUAACUAAAAUUCUCAUCUUUAUAUGUGAGGCUCACAGAGGAAGAAAAUGAGAAUGGUUCUUAUUCUUAGCAUCCACAGUGACCGUGAACUAAAGCAAACCGCCCUCCCUCUGAAUUCAAAGGAAAGGUUUUAUGUAUUAUUUGUUUAAAGUGUAACUGCUUCACUUUGAUGUAUCAUAUUUUUAAAUAAAAAUAAAUAUUCUUUUAGAGGA